AUGGUCUCCCCGGCAGUGAACGUGAGUGCCUCGGUCAAUACACUUCAGCGACUACGAUGGCCGCAGUCAUGGUAUAUGGGCCAGUGACGGGAUCGAAUUGAAUCCUCGUGGGCCUUGUUGGUGUAUUUUACACGUUCGAUGUGGCUGUAUAGUUUGAGCCGACGUCGUGAUCCGAUCGCACCCGUCGUCGUGCCUCGCUCGCUCGCUCGCUCCCGACUCCAUUAACCCACUAACUCGACCGUGUGCUCCGCUUCCCACCACCACCAGGUCGUGCGUUACUCUGCGCUCUUCUCCGGCGUCGUGUACGGCUUCCUGCACCGCCGCACGCUGCAGGCGCAGUUCGACUCCGACGCCGCGCGCCACGAACUGCACAAGCGGGAACAGUGGCUCGAACAGGCCAAGAAGGCGUGGCAGGCCAAGGUCACCAAGAAUGAUGGUUGUGAGUUGAGGAGCGAGCGUUCGCACAGCGCGAUCGGAUGGGAUCACGCGAGUGGGGCCCGAGGGCUAGGGGUCGAAAUGGGGGGAACCAGAGAUCGCGGGUAUGCUACGACCGAUACUGACCACUCUCUACUCCUUUCAUUAGUGAUCACCGACCCGGACGCACCAGGGUUCGAUCUCGAGGCCGUGCUCAAGUCACUCGAAUAA